CGUGAGACGUUUAGUAGUGGACCGCUCGGGUAAAAGCCCCAGCAAGACGACUGAUAAAUAGCUGAAAGACCUGCAGCACCACAACCCAAGCCACGACACGUAGAGUUUGAGAAGCUCGUCCGAAUCAUGGGGAACAUUUUUGGGAACUUGCUGAAGAGCCUCAUAGGAAAAAAGGAGAUGAGGAUCUUGAUGGUUGGGCUCGAUGCUGCAGGGAAAACGACAAUUCUGUAUAAGCUCAAACUGGGGGAAAUAGUCACUACAAUUCCAACAAUCGGAUUUAAUGUGGAAACGGUGGAGUACAAGAACAUCAGCUUCACCGUGUGGGAUGUGGGUGGACAGGAUAAGAUCCGGCCCCUCUGGAGGCACUACUUCCAAAACACGCAGGGUCUAAUCUUUGUGGUGGACAGUAAUGACAGAGAACGUGUGAACGAAGCUCGAGAGGAGCUGAUGAGGAUGCUGGCAGAGGAUGAGCUGAGAGACGCAGUGCUCCUUGUCUUUGCUAAUAAACAGGACUUACCGAAUGCCAUGAACGCUGCCGAGAUCACAGACAAGUUGGGCCUGCACUCCCUCCGCCACCGCAACUGGUACAUCCAGGCCACCUGCGCCACCAGCGGCGACGGUCUGUACGAGGGCCUUGAUUGGCUGGCCAAUCAACUCAAGAACAAAAAAUAAGUGGGAGACUGGGAAAAGCAGACGCCCAAAUCCAAUUUUUUAUUUCUUUCUCUCAUCCAAGGAGGGAGGUUUGGGUUGGAUUCAAAAGUUUUGAUUGGUGUGUACAAAAAAUGUUCAGAGUCAGGAGGAGGUCCGGUUUAGUUUUUAGUAGUUAUUUUAAAAAAAAUCUCCAGUUCAUAUCUAACUACACACUGACUAACCAGUUACAACAGACACUUGAUUUUUCUCCAUCCACUUGUUCUUAGGUGAAAUGUUCUGUGUUGGUCUCCAGGUGCGGUGCUGAGUCAGUCUGAUGUCACUUGUCUGGUUUUUGUUUCACCUCUACGUCACCCAUCCAAAGAAAAGUCUCGUUUCGUGUUAAUUUGUUACUUUCUUAUUUCCUGCAGGGUAACAGCCAUGUUUGAGAACAAUUACAUCACAGACCAUUCACAGCAGCUUCUAACAAUGGGUUGUUCUCCCCUCUCAUUUGUGAGCCAUACUG